AUGGCUUCGGAAUGGGGUGAUCGGGUGCGGGUCCGUCACGUACGAGGUGUCCGACCUCAGAUAGUGUUGAAGGACCGUUCGGGUAGCACAGCACAGACAUUUAACAUAGAAAAGUGGGACACGGAUACAAUUAAAGAUUUCUUAAAUGAGUGGAUUGAAUAG